AGUUCCCGGAUCUGCAUGCUCUAGUAAACAAAGCUCAAGAGAGACACAAGUUACAUCGUCAGACUGGUCACCUCUGCUCACCUUGUAGCCUGCGUGCUGUGGUUUAUAAUGGGCCUAUUGGUGUCCACUGUGUGUGUUACAGACAGGUUCACACAGACGGACUAGUCAGACAGGUUUGGACUGUGAGCCUUUUGUUCACUUUUUUCGAGGGCGAUGUCGCCGAUUGGAAACUUACCAUGGCUAUAUUAGCAAUUGUAGUUCUUCUGCAACUGUGUUUAUCUGCGAUAGCGGCAAUUUCAGGUAAUGAUUCCACCGAAACGGAGCUGACAGCCGCACCAGGUGACAUCGCUGUACUUCCGUGUUACACAGACAGCACCGUGACACCGACUUUAACGGCAUGGAUGAAAAAUGGACGAGAAAUCAUUCGAGGUGGCGCCUUUUCACCGAGCCCUUCACCCACCGCCGGGCAGCGCCUCACAGUGAUGCAUGACGGGAGUUUGAAUAUCCCGACGGUGAGACCGGAGGAUGAAGGCAGCUACCUGUGCAACUCCACGCUGCCAGGCAACAACACCUUUCGGGCACGUGUGCUGCUUCAGGUAGCCGGUGGUCCAGAAAAUGUAUCUACUUCCAUUGGUCCAGCCACUGCCCUGUCCAAUGGGACUCUCAUCACAUAUCGGGGCUCGACUGUCUCCUUCAACUGUUCUGGCUCCUCCUACCCGUCUCAGCAGCUCACCUGGACCUUCACGGGAGCCUCAGCCAGCAACGGGUCGCUGGUCUCAAGCUCUGGAUCGAGCCUGCACUACAGGAUAGACAACAUUCAGCCUGGCGCUCAGGGGGUUUACAGCUGCAGGGCCCAAAACACCUUCUCUCUGCAGGAGGUCAAUAAGAGCACAGAGCUGCUAGUGUACUACGUCCCAGACAGACACCCUGAGUGUAUGUGGAGACCAGCACAGGACCCCUCCCACAUCCAGUUCAGCUGCACCUGGUUUGGAGCGUAUCCCGCUCCGACGCUGCGCUGGGGCGAAGACCAGGGCGAGCAGAGAGAUCACUGGAGUGGGCGCGUCUUUGUAUCGGAGGUGACAGACAACCUGACGGUGAUGCUGAACCGCUCCUCGCUGUUCGACGGCCAGACGCUGAGGUGCAUGGCCCAGCACCUGGCUCUCGCUCUGGGAAAGGAGAGGUCGUGUUUGUUUACCCUCAAGCCUCCAUACCCUGAAGGUGAGCCUCUGGCCACGGCUCAGGAGGCCACCAGCAUAACUCUAACCUGCACCGAGACCAUGUCCAUCCCUCCUGCAAACACCACUUGGAGAAAAGGGCUCCAGCAGGAGGACAUUGUACCUGGUUUGAAGUACGUCCUGUCCGAGGAAGGCCCAGUCUUCAAGCUGACCAUACUCAACAUCAGCAAGGAUGACGAAGGCGUCUACUUCUGCCGCAGUGAGAACCCCCUCGCUGUCCGCGAGCUGGAAGUCUACCUCACCGUGAGGACCUCCUCUACGUACGCAGGAGCAGUCAUCGGGAUCUUUAUAGCUGCACUCAUUGUGGGAUCAGCUGCAGUCGUAGCUAAAAUUGUUUACUCCAGCCGACAUCGAAUAUGCCUCGGAUGGGGUUGUGGUCAAAUGGAGGAGGACCAAGGAGACGUGCUGAGUCUGGUGGAGUCCGACGAUGAGCAGCUCUUUCAGGAUGCUGUUCCCCGGCUGCCUCCAUUAACCAACGGACGCCACACAACACUUGUCCAGAUACACCGAAUCCCAUCCAGUGAUCAUGAGGAUGCAGAAACUGCUGACACAAACCCAGAGCAGCAGGAGGAAACCGUACAGACAGAAGAGCCAGUGGACCUUGUAACGUUUUAGGUGUCGGGUGGUUUUAGAGAAGUGUUUUUAUUUUAGGUGAAUAUCAUUUGCUCCCAAAGAGAAUGUGAACAGAACUGGUGGAAGACUAUGUAAUUUGUUUUUUUUUUGUUUGUUUGUUUGUUUGUUUUUUUAAGCCAGGGGUUUGUAAGAUUAUUUCUACGAUUGAUUUGUUUGUACAGCAUUUUGAACAUGUCGUUGUGUUACUGAAAUACAGAAAAUGAACCUGACAGACAAACAAACAAAAUGUGAUCAUCUUCUGGGUGGAGAAACAAUGCCGUUGGUCAUCCAUAACUUAUUCCCCAUUCAUUGAUUCAUGUCCCCCUCCACCCUGUACUGUACACGUAUCAUUUGCAGAUGAACCGUGACUAUCGCAGGCUACAAUGCGCCACUCAAGUGAAACUAUUUUAGAAAUGUGGUGAAGUCAGUUUUGACAGUCCUCUUGUGCUGUGUAUAACAUAAUGGAGGGUGAAAAGAACCGAAGCACAGUUUCACCUUAUUGAAAUUACUUGAAUCCAGUGUAAUGAGAGCUGCGCAUAUUGAAUCAGUAAAGUGAAAAGAAAAUUGUGAACUGUAAUUUUUCCUUUACAUUUUCCUAAGGAAUAUUUUUUGUUAGUUUAGUUAUUUUUUGUUCACAAAUACCAAACAUUCCCUCAUUCUGCCUUUUCGGUUUUUAGGAUUUGAUGAUUUUCUUUGUUUUUUGUGAUACUACAUUGAUUAUCUUUGGGCUUUGUUGGUCAGACAGAAAAAUCUGACGGCAUCCUCAGUUUCAGGGUAUUGCAAAAGACAAAGGAAUCUUAUAGAUCAAGUGAUUCAUUGAGAAAAAUCGGAAUAAUUGAUAAUGAAAAAUGUAGUUGUAGUCUUAAAAUUAGUAAAAGAAUGUUUAAAGUGAAUUCAAAGUAAAAUGUAGAAAGUCAGUCUGUCAUUUUUAUGGCUACACCAUUACAUCAGAUAAAUAUAUAAUAAUGCUAACAACCAAGUGAUCAGGCAAGAUUUUUUUAUCACUGUUGUCACUGAGAUCAAGAUCACUUUAGAGCAUUAAAAAUAAAUAUAUUUGUUAUUGGCGUGGUGUGGCUGUUUCUGAAUCGGCUUCUGGUUUUCAAAGUCAAAAAGCUGAGAUACCAAGUUAAAAUAAUGUGAUAAAUAUUAGAAGUAACAGCUAAACACAAGGAAACAAAAGUGAACAAAGAUGGGUAAAAAUAAAGAUUUAUUACAUACAAGUAAAAAAAACAAAAUGUGUGUGUGUGUAUAUAUAUACUGUAUACAUGUAUAUACAAGUGUUCAGUAGAUUGUAAACAGAUGUAAAUAGUCCAAAUGAAUUAAUACUGAAUGGCUUAAGCAGCACCAUACAGGAAGUGGGUGGUGGCAUGCAGUGUGUGGGGGACAACAGGCCUGGUUAUCAUAUUCAUUAGGUCAUUUCAGGAGUGAGACGCUUCACACUGAGGCGAGAUCACUCUUAGUGUCUUUCCUCUUUCUCCUCUCGCACUGUGUCAUGUUGCUGCAUUUUAAUGCAAUUAAACAUUUUAAAGUCA